AUGGUUGGAGCUUUGAUCGGAGAGGCCUUUAUUUCUGCUUCCAUCCAGGUGAUUUGUGACAGAAUUGCUUCACCCGAGUUCAUCGACUUAUUUCGGCACAAGAAACUCGAUCAACCUCUCCUCAUGAAACUGAAGAGGACCCUGUUGACCUUGAACGCAGUGCUUGAUGAUGCAGAGGAGAAGCAAAUUGAGAAACCAGCCGUGAGAGAGUGGCUUGAGGACCUCAAACAUGCAGUCUUUGAUGCUGAGGAUUUGCUGGAUGAGAUCAACUAUGAAGCAUUGCGAUGCAAGCUCGAAGGUGAAGCUCAAACAGCGGACAAAUUUACCAACAAGGUGUGGAACUUCCUCCCUACUUCUCGUAAUAAGUUUUAUCAAAGCAUGAAUGUUAAGAUACAGGAGUUGUUACGAAAACUAGAAGACUUUGUACAACUGAAAGGUGCUCUUGGUUUGACAGAAGUUGUUGGGAGGAAGGUUUCACAAAGAACUCCAACAACUUCCUUGGUUCAUGAACCUUUUGUAUAUGGUAGAGAUGAAGUCAAAGAAAAUUUAUCAAAAGUGUUGUUCUCUGAUGAUGCAAGCAAGGAGUAUGUGUCCGUGAUUACCAUUGUUGGAAUGGGUGGGGUUGGCAAGACAACCCUUGCCCGCAUGCUUUACAAUGAUGAUAAGGUGAAAGGGCAUUUUACAUUUCAAGCUUGGGCUUGUGUUUCAGAAGACUAUGAUGCUAUCAGGGUAACUAAAACUCUUCUUGAGUCAGUCACUUCAAAACCUAGUGAUAAGACAGAUCUGAAUUUGCUUCAAGUUGAACUAAGAGAACAACUCAGGGGGAAGAAAUUUUUAUUUGUGUUGGAUGAUCUUUGGAAUGAGAAAUAUUCUGAUUGGAACUGCCUCCAAACUCCUUUUACUUCAGGGGCAAGGGGAAGUAAAGUCAUCGUAACAACACGGAACAAAAAUGUAGCAUCUUUCAUGCAAAAUGUUCCUACUCAACCCUUGGAACCAUUGUCGCAUGAAGAUUGUUGGUCAUUACUUGCGAAACAUGCAUUUGGAAAUCAACAUUUGGGAGUUACCUUACGAGAAAAGUGA